CUGCAUCAACCUUUUAACUCAAAACACAAACACCAAACUCAACUCAAACACAACACCAACAACAACAACAUCAUCAUCAUCAUCUGUCUUGCAAGCUCAAUAUUCCAUUAAUGGCCUCCAUAGAAGAAUUACCCUCCAUGCGUCAAGCUUCUUUUGAGGAAAAAUUGAUUCCCUUCUCUGAUGAUGACAUGAUAGAGAGGGGUCUGGGGAGGUUUGGGUGGAUGGAGUUUCUGCAAUGCAUACUUGUGUCGUUCGCAAUGUUCUUCGAUGCGCAACAAUCAUUCAUCACCAUCUACACUGAUGACUACCCAACAUGGCAUUGCAACGAUGGUGCCGCCGCGUGCAGCGCUGGUUCUGAAAUCUGCAAGCUGCCAAGGUCUUCUUGGUCUUGGGAUGGACCCGCUCACAAGACAACUAUAUCACAAUGGGGGCUUGAAUGUGCUAGCAACUUCGUCACAGGUUUACCGCAAUCUUCUUUCUUCAUGGGUUGUCUUAUUGGUUCGUUUGUUUUAGCUACAUUGGCUGAUACAUCUCUUGGAAGAAAGAACAUGCUUGUCCUGUCUUGUUUGUCAAUGUCUGUAACUUCAAUGCUGGCUGUCUUCACCACCAAUGUUUGGGCUUACUCAGCUUUAAAAUUCGUGAUUGGGUUUUUGCGUUCGUCGAUCGGGACGUGUGUUCUGGUGUUACUGACAGAGAAGGUGAGCACAGAGUGGAGGUUCACAGUGGGGAUAGUAGAAUAUUUCUGCUUCACAUUGGGGUAUAUGUCCUUGCCUGGUAUAGCUUAUAUCAAUAGAAAUGCUUCAUGGAAAACUAAUUACAUUUGGACAUCGGUUCCUGCUAUUUGUUACUCAAUCAUUGCUUACCUAUUUGUUACCGAGUCCCCGAGGUGGCUUCUGAUGCAAGGUAGACAGGAAGAAGCCAUGGCAAUGCUUAAGGGAGUUUCUUCAGUGGAAAAUGGUGUUGAUUUAACUGCAAGCCUUCUAAAAGUGCCUGCUAAACAAAAGGGUUCAGUUUUCCAACUCUACUCAUCAAUAGCAGAGCUGUUUGGGAGAUCUUGGGCUCUCAAAAGAAUGGUGGCGAUUAUGGUGCUUGGUAUUGGAAUUGGAAUGGUGUAUUUUGGCAUGCCUUUAGCUGUGGGGAACUUGGGAUUCGACAUUUACUUGGCUGUUGUGUUUAAUGCCUUGAUGGAAAUACCAUCUUGUGUGGCCACUUAUUUCUUGGAGAACUGCAGUAGAAAGCCAUCUAUUCUUGUGUUCUCUGUUGGAAGUGGGAUAUGCUGUGUGAUGUGUGUUCUGGUUGGAAGCGAGCUACAAGCAGUUAAGGUGGCGCUGGCGAUGGCAUCAUUUUUCAGUGCUUGCACAGCUUAUAAUGUGUUUCUGAUAUACAUUAUAGAGCUGUUUCCCACAAGUGUGAGGAACACUACAACCUCACUUGUGAGACAAGCAAUUGUGUUUGGUAACAUUUUCAGCCCAUUUUUGAUAUCUGCAGGGAGAAAGAAUGACAUUUUCUCUUAUGGUGUAUUUGGGAUCGUUAUAAUGGCCUCAUGUUUCACAUUGCUCGGUUUGCCGGAGACCAAAGGAAUAGCUCUUUGUGAUACCAUGGAUCAACAAGAGAAGAAGGACAGCAGACCUGGUUGAAAUCUUUUUUCUAUGUUUGUUGUAGGUUCAUUGUGUUUGCUACUUGGUAGAUAAAGUUCUUGAUUUUCCUCAAUUUUGAAGAGAGAAAAAGACUGAGAUUUGUCUGUGUGUUUGCUUAUGAGUCCACGAGUUCAAAAUCACUUAAGUUUCAGAGAAGCAAUGUCUCAUAGCUUGUAGCUAGACUCGAUUUCAUUGUUAAUUUUGUCUCAAUUAUGAAGCAAAAAUGGACAUUUAGCUUGUGUUUA